AUGUCUCUCUCGCCCACGACAUCGACCUCGAACUACGACGACCAGCCCAACGGAAAGCGCCGCCGCACGACCUCGUUCAACACCACCUCCCCCCUCAACGGCUCCCGGUCCGACAUGGCCUCUCCACCCUCCCCGGGCCACGCGCCCUCGUCGUCCGCCGCCUCGGCCCACAUCCCGAAGCGCGGCGCGCGGGCCUGCACAAACUGCCGCAAGGGCAAGAACAGGUGCGAAGGCGAGUCCCCCUGCCGUCGCUGCCAGCUGAGCGGGGCCCAGUGUGUGUUUGAGAAGCCGGAGAAGAAGGCGGUCCAGUCGUUGUCCCCCGCCAGCGUCGAGCGCCUCUCUCGUCUCGAGGGCCAAUACCUCGUCAUGCAGAGCCAGAUGAUAGGGAUGCAGUCCUCCCUCGACCGCAUCCUCAACGCCAUCCAGAGCCAAGGUCAGGGCCAAGGCCAGGGUGUCCCCAUGGGCCAGAAUUCGGGCAUGGUGCCCCCUCCAUUCCCCUCAACUUCCCGCGAGAGCCCGGGUAUAGACGGCCCUCGCUCGCGUGCCUUCCCCCCUCUGCCCGGCUUCGCGCCUCCGCCCCACAAAUAUGCGACGUACGGUAUUGUGCCCAGUACGGCACCCUCGUCUGAUGACGAAUCUGAAGACACCCUCCCACGUUCCACUAUGAACGCGCCCAUUGAGGCGUUGCAAGGGUUAGCCAAUGCCGCGGCUGAGGCCGCGGCUGCCCCGUCCGCAUCGCCUCCCAGGCAAGUUAAGCGGAAGCGGGCUGAGCCCACGCCCCGCAACGCGUUCCCGCAUGUCGUGGAGAAGGGUCUUGUGUCCGACGCCGAAGCUCGCGAGCUUUACCACAUCUUCUUUUCCGGAUGCAACAUCUUCAUCCCCGUCUUCGAUCCGACAUACGACACCUACGACGGCCUCAUGGAGCGCUCGCCGUGGACCUUCGACGCCCUCUUGGCCAUCGCGGCAAAGAUCCGGAGCGGGACCGGCCCGCUCAUCCCCGCCUUCUACAGGUGUCUUGAAGAGGCCCAAGGCAUCGCCCGCUCGUCUCUCUUCGGCCCGGUCGUGCGCAAGGAGGCCGUCCAAGGCAUGCUCCUCCUCGCCGCCUGGAGCACCAACGGAUGGCUCCCCUCGGGACACGCCAUGCGCAUGGCCCUCGACCUCGGCCUCCACCGCGCCCUGGAGAAGCUCGCCGACGAUGGGGGCAAGAAGCGGUCUGAGGAGGAGGAGCGCAACCUGGUGGUGUCGGCCCGCAUGUGGCUCUGCCUCUAUUGGUUCGACCACCAGAUGAGUCUUGGCACGGGCCGCCCCAUCGUCCUGCGUGACGAGCUGUCGAUAAAGCAAUGCCGCCUGCUCCUGUCGCAUCCGUUCUCGUCGCCGACGGAUGUCCGGCUUGUGUCACAAGUGGAGCUCAUCAUGCAGAAGACGCAAAUCUACGAGACGCUGUCGCCGCUCAACGGCCAGGUCAACCACAACACCCUUGCGUUCAUCCGUCGCGCAAACAUCGCAUUGGAUAAGUGGUGGACGGACUGCGAUGAGUUGCAUAGACAAUCCAUGGACGAGGACGCCCUUCCGAGGAAGAUCCUCGUCGGCGAGCUUCACUACGCGAAGCUUUGGCUCGUCUGCGUCGCGCUCCGCGGUGUAUCCUGGGACAAGAUGCCCUUCGAGCAACGCGAGCUCGCGUUCCAGGCCAAGGACGCCGCCUCGGCCUGCCUCGCCAACCUGCUCGACUCGCCCACGUACCGCGCCGCACUCCGCUACGCCGUGCACGACACGCUCGUCAUGGCCGCCUUCUCCGGCCUCUUCCUGCUCAAGAUGGCGAACCUCUUCCCCGCCGAGCUCGACCUCGGCGCGAUCACCGUCCAGGUCGAGCAGCUCGCGCAGCUCCUCUCCGACGUCGCCGCCGAGCGCUACGCGCUCACGCUCCGCAUCAUGCUCGCCAACCUCCGCCGGAAGAUCGCGAGCAUGGCCGCCGCGCAGGCGCAGGCGCAGAGCCAGCACGCGCCCGACCCCACCGCCGGCCUCGCCGCGUUCCUCGACCCGAGCAUCGUGCCCCCGCCGCCGUUCACGGUCGAGGAGCUCGGGCCGUGGGCGCAGAACCCGCGGAUGUUCAACCCGAGCACGAUCCCGCUCUGGCUCCAGGAGCAGAGCCUGAACGACCUCGGCCUGCCCGUGAACGGCUCGGACGGGAUCUUCCUCCAGAUGGGCCACGCCAACGGCUGGAUAGGCGACUUCCCGCAGAUGCCAGAGGCGUGGUGA